GACGGUGUUAAUGCGUUUUAGGAUGGUACUGGAUUGACCCAAACUUGGGUAUGCCAUACGAUGCCGUGUACGUGUACUGUAACAUGAGUAGCGGAGGAGAAACUUGCGUAUUUCCAGACAUACACUCAAGUCAAAUGCCGAACAUCCCGUGGCGUAAGGAGGGUGACAAGACGGACUGGUAUUCAAAUCUCAGGGGUGGUUUCAAAAUUACUUACGAAACUGUGGGACCAGUGCAAAUGAACUUCCUACGACUUCUCAGCCAAAAUGGAUACCAAAACUUCACGUACACGUGCAUCAACAGUGCUGCGUGGUUCAAUGCAAAGUCCAACUCAUACGACAUGGCUGUCAAGUUUAUGGGAGAAAAUUCGAUACAAUUUUCGUCUGAACAAGGAUCACCAAAAGUGGACGUGUUAGUCGACGGCUGCAAAACGAGAAAAUCUAAAAGCGAAACCGUAUUCGAAAUCCGUACCAACAAGUUGGACAGUCUGCCGUUGACAGAUUUCUAUCCGAUCGACUACGGGUUGCCACACCAAGCGUUCGGUUUCGAAGUGGGACCCGUGUGCUUCAAGUAACACGCUCAUUCGUCGUCGUUUUAUGUGUUAAAAACUAUAAUUAUUAUUACUAUUUUUUUCUUUUUUUUAUUAUUUUAUGUUUAAUUAUUUUUAUUACUUUUAUUGUAUUUUAGUGUGAUUGAAACCCUAACUUUACAAUCCCUUAUCGUAUAUAUUUUAUAUACUUUUUGCAGAGUAUUAAACAAAUCCAUAAUUUACGAUUUCCACCUUAGUGCAUUAAUAGAUUAACUCGACGAUCGAUGCAUAUCAUAAUAGAGUAUAGACGUUUUAUUAAAGCCAAACCUUGGAAGUAAAAGUUACUGUAAACUUGAGAGAAAGGAUGACAAUGACAAUGCUCUAUGUCAUACAUUAUGCUAAGUAAUGAAAAUAAAAUAACUUAUGCAAAAUUAA